AUGGCAGCCUCUCAAAGUUUCAAAUUUUCAAACAUUAAAAUAUCAACUAGUCUUAGAUUCAUCUCCAUUAGCUCAAAUGGACACUCAUUUACAGUUUCAUACCUUAUAAACAAAUGUGGGUUCUCCACAGAAUUGGCUUCACGGGCUUCAAGUUAUGUUCAUUUUGAAACCCCUGAAAAGCCUGAUUCUCUGUUUGUUUUCCUGGAAAAUCACGGGUUUUCGAGAACCCAAAUCUUAAAUCUCAUAAAAAAAAGGCCAAGGUUGCUUGUUUGUGAUACUGAGAAAACUCUUUUGCCCAAAAUAGAGUAUCUUCACUCCUUAGGUUUUUCAAGGCCAGAGCUUGCUAAAAUCUUGAGUAGCUAUCCUACAUUGUUGAUGCAUAGUUUAAAGAACCAAAUUAUCCCUAAUUUUAAUUUACUGAGGAACUUGUUUCACUCUGAUGAUAAGGCUAUUAAGGCUAUAAAACGAUUUACCCCUAUUCUUGUGUACGAUUUGGAGUCGUAUUUGUAUCCAAAUAUGAAUGUUUUGAGAGUAAUUGGAGUCCCCGAAUCGAAUAUCCUUGUGCUGCUUAACCGUCAGCCUAGAUCACUUUUGUAUAAUCCGGUUCGGCUUAAGGAGAUUGUGGAGGAAGCCGAAAGAAUGGGGUUUGAUCCUUCAACGAAGAUGUUUCUCAGUGUGGUUAUUGCUUUGAAAUCAAUGACCAAAUCCACACUAGAGAAGAAGUUUGAUGUUUAUAGGAGAUGGGGUUGGUCUGACCAAGAGAUUCAUGAAGCUUUACGGAGGCAUCCGUUGUGUAUGACGGUUUCGGAGGAUAAGGUCAUGGCUAUAAUGGAUUUUCUCGUGAAAAAAAUGGGCUACAGUUCUACUCUUAUUGCCAAACAACCGAGUAUUUUGAGGAAGAGCUUCAGGAAGAAUAUUAUCCCAAGGGCUCUGUUUGCUCGAGAAUUGUUAUCACAAGGUUUGGUUAAUGACUUAAAAUUGUCUGUAUUGUUUGACACAUCGGAAAAGGUGUUCAUUAGGAUGUUUGUUGACCGUUUCGUAAACAAAGCACCUGAGCUCUUGAAGCUUUACAAAGAAAAACUUAAGAUUUCAGAAAAAAAACAAACAUUAGAAGUGAGUUAG